GGCUGCGGCUGGGGGCUGCGAAGCGGGAGGCGCCUGGAGGCACGACAAACCUUGUGGAUGGGGGGAAGCAGUGGAUGUGGUAUAUCUCAACUUUGGGACCAUCAUGCAGAAGAUGGAGUCAGAGCAGCUGGAGAGGCUGCGUCAUGCAAACCAAGAUCUUCUGGAAAGGCUCAAAGCGAAGCAGGAAGAAAUCAAGAAAAGACUUCCUCGCAAACCACUUUCAGCGUCCUCUCUUUCCAGAAGAACAACUCAUGCAGAGAGAGCUGUCCCUGUUCCUAAGAGAGGGAAAGAGAACCAAGUCCAUGCGAGGAAGGCCGUGACGGACCCUGUGACGCUCGUGUCUGUGGAACCCGGAGCCAGCGCCGCCAGGGCAGCCCUUCAUUCGCCAUUGAAACACGCAGCCUGCAGCAGGGUGGGGAGGGGGGUGCCACACCACAGAGCGGGGGUGUAUCCGGGUUCCCCCAAGGCAGAACGAAGCUUCAUACCGGCAGCGUCCAUCACCAGAGACACCUCCAGAGUGGCCAGAGACGGCAGCGCCCUGAGAACCCCAGAGGAAGAAUCCACCCUUGGGAAACACAGAGAGGGCAGAAAGCAAUCCACUGUGCUCCACAGCACCCAGGAAAGGGGCAGGCCAAGGGCUGAGGCGGAGACAAUGCUGGGCAAGACCCCAGCGGAUGGGAAUGGUUGGCGGCGAGUGGUCGUUAGAGACUCCAGGACUCCCAAAUCAAUCCUGCUGACACCUGGGGGUAAAGAAGCCACGAAGGAAGCUGGCCGUGUGACUUUUCUGUCGGACCCUGAGGAAUACACCAUCCCCGCCGCUAGCUGGUCAGCACGUCCUUUCUUGGGCUACGACUGGAUUGCAGGGCUGCUGGAGACGGACUCGUCGCUGUCAGAGAAAUCUGAGCAGUACUUCUCUGAGCUCAGGGAGUUCCGACAGGUGAACAAGGAAGCAUGUGUCCAUGAGGAAGACCUGGGACCAGAGGCACCGGAUUACUUGGCUCCUGAACAAGAAGCAGAUUUGGUUUCCAGUUCCCAUCAGUGUGUUUAUUGCUAUCGAUUAAACAGGCGCCUGUUUACCGUCCCUGUGGAUUCACAGUCUGCCUGCCCCGUGUGUAAGACUCCAAGAGCCCGACCGCCUGCCGAGACGCUGGAGGAACCAGCCUAUGUCAGGGUCAGCAUUCCCAGGUCCACCCUCCUGCCUGCCUAUAAGUACAAAAUCCAUCGCAGGAAGAGCUUUGAACUGGCAGAUGAUCUGGCUUUACCCUCGCACUGCCUGGCCGGCUGGGAGAAUGUCAUCCCCUCCAGCAGUCCCAUGCUUACCAGUUUGGAUCUGCGAACUUCACUGCAACAAAAACCUACUGACCAUUCUCACCUGACCUUGGCGCCCCGAAUGUCAGGAGGAACCAGAACGGACCAGCUCCUAAACCUGUCCCGCUCAGCUCAUUUCAGACUUGGUAAUGCUUCUCAGCGGAGAGCUCAAGACAAGCCACUAUGCUACAGAACAACGCCGAAUUCAAGUCCUACUGUCUCAACUGUAUGAGCUGCUGACCUGAUUACCCAGGGGCCGUGUGGGAUACUGGGAGUGAGUAGAAAUGGCGGCGUUUGCCUAAAAAUGAACCUUUAGAGGAGAGAUUUUUCCAAGCCCUGCAAGUGAAAACGCUGUCGCAAAAAUCCAUGGGCACGUGUGUAUUGGAAUUGCGCAAGUUGCAAGGCGACAAUUGCAGAAAUUGCUUGCAGUUGGCCAGUUUUGGCCUCUAACUGGCCACUGGUACAUACAGUCACCGCAGUUGUGUGCAUGCGUUGUACUUUCCCACCCAGGAAUGUAAAUUGAGUGUACGUGGUCAGUUGCUGUAAAAGACAUCUGGUAGGUUUAAGAAAACAGGAUGACUAGUUAGUACUGUUCCCUGUAAUAAAACAGCCAUAGGGUAUAUUGCAAUAGACAAGUACAGAGUUCAUCCACCCAGCUCAUAAAAACAAUACAGUUGACUCAUAAAACCAAGAAUUUUGGCUCUCUGGACAAAGAGUUGGGACUGUGGGCUGCAUGGCACAGCAUGGGGUAUGCAAAGAUGCUCAGUAUCAUGCUUCCAGGAGGUUUGGAACAUGAGUAAUUCUUACAUUAAAGAAGAGUGACUGUGUUUUAGUUCUAAUAAGAAAAACAUGUUUGUUUUUGUGCAUUAUCUUUGGAAGGAGGAUUUGGUGGAUCAUGUUCAGCAUAGAUCUGUGGGUUGGGGGGGAAGAAACCAUUGUCAAAGAAAGAGGUGUUUUAUGAUUCACAAAGCCACAAUAUGUCUUGGAACAUUCUGAAGUCAUGUUUACCUCUGAUUAUAAAAGACUGGUGGGAAGGCGUUUUGAAGACAUGCUCAUGUAGGUUUUUAAUUGCAUUGAAAUAAUGGGUGAGAGUUAGUUUGAGGCCUGUUACGUGGUGUGGUUUUAUUUUCCCUUUAGAAAACAAUAAAGAAGGAGUUUAUAUUUUCUGGUAUAACACCUGGAAUGUAGAGUUGUGGUAUAGGAAUUCUGUGGGUUGUAGUCAAGCCUUCUUAACUCAUAAGUAAGGCUGCAAUUUACUCAUGGCAAUUUUUAGUAUAAGUCAUGGACCGGUCUUGGGCAAUAAAAAAAUUCAUGCCUGUGACCUAGCUAUGAUUUAUCCUAUAAAUACUCCUGGCUAAAUCUUGGGGGCUGUUGCUGCGGAGGGCACCCCAGGGGGCUGCUGGUGCAGUAAGCCGGUGCAGUCCCGGGGCUGCUCCAGCCAUGCUGGUGUAGCUGGCUUCAGGGCCACCUGAACAGCUGGCCCCAGAGCCAGCCACACUGGCCACUGCAGAAGUCAUGGAGGUCACUGAAACUCACGGAAUCCGUGACUUCCGUGACUGACACAGAGCCCUACUCAUAAGAGUAUUUAGAAACCUUGGUCCACACUUAUCCCUAGGGUGUAACAUCAUUCGCUUCUAUGGGCUUAGCCCAGGGAUGAGUUUGGCUCAUUGUCUGUUAGUGUUACAGAGCUUACUACAGGCACAAAAUGCAGCUUGUGAAUUUAAUUAAAAAAAAAAAAAAAAAAGCGGGAAUGUAUUUUACAAGACUAUGAAUGGAAUAAUUUUAAUAUUUAAUUGAAAGCAAUUUUGUUUUAAAUGAAGCAUUCCUCUUUAGUGUUGGAAGUUUAGAUAUGGUUGUGUUGGGUGACUGGAUGAGAAAUAAAAAAUGAAACUGACUAUAAA